AUGCUUUCGUUCAAACAUCACGCCCUUUACUGGGUCUUGUCACUCUUAACAGUUCCUCUUACCAGCAUCCGGAAGCUUCUCUUCGGCCAUGAACUCUUUAUGGGCUCUAUUGACGAGAUCGAAUUUGCGACUAUGUGCCUCUCAAUGUAUUUUGUUGUACGCCCUGUGUUAGACGGACUUCAAGACUUCCAUCGAGAAGUAGAAGUUGGCGUGGCCAAGUGCAGUGGUCUCAUCAAGGUGGCUGCUCUCGAAAAGCCCGUCGAGGAGAAUAGCAUCACGAAAGAAGUUGAAUCCAGAAACGGCAAUGCGAAAGGAACAAAGCCCAACAAGGGCCGGAAGAAACCCGCCAAAGGUGCAAAUGACAAGCCUCGAGCAGUUCAUUUUCAGAAGGAGUCAAGCCAAAAUGGAAAUGCGAAGCUAUCCAACGGGAAUAGAGCUCUUCAGAACAUAGCGGCGGCACAACGACUCCGGAAGAAAUCUACUGGUCGAUACACUACCACCCAGCAGUCCUUCUUCAACUUGGCCUGGAAGUACCUUGAUGUUCUGUAUUAUAUGUCUCUAGGGAUUCUGUUCACUCAUACAGAGCCUCUAUUUGGGUUUGGUGAGUGUGUAGGAAACGAUCACCUCCAGUCAGUUGGUCGAGUACUUGUGAGCUUUCUAGUCAUAGGCACUCUGGAACCAAUCAGACAGAAUCGCUGGGACGUCGAAGUGUCUGGCCUGGGGAUGUUCUCCUACUGUUGUGUAUUAUGCAACGAAGGGCCUGGGCCUUGGACCUCGACAUUGAUGGGAAUUUGUGGCUUGUUGGUCAUGGGAAUCCUUGUGGAGUGUUCCUUUUAUAUAAAGCUGCAGUAUUGGCCUUGGUGGCCUGGUGUCUGGUUCGCUGAUAGCCUCAGUGGUCCCGAUAUUUUCAUUCGUGUUUGGUUACUGGUGCCACUCAUUGAUAUUGCCGAGACUAUACUGUACGCUAUUGCUUCCAAAAUCCGCGCAGAAUGGUAUAAAAAGAGACUUGAGCUUAUGAAAAGACCCCUUUAGUACACGAGGGUUGCGCAUAAGAUCUUUGUCAUGGUAGUCGCCUGGCUUCUUUUUACUGUAAUUCGGACGGCUUUCUGGCAGCCCCUAUUUUUGAAGCAGAACAAUGGAGAUACCUUCAUUGACACGGCGACACCUAUCGAGUCGAUGCAGACAGGGGAUGGUCCGACUUGCGAGAAUGCUAAGAGUCUCCUAAGAAACCGCAAUAUGUCCUAACGAUGGCUGAACCAGCUAGUGGAAACGUUGAAAGCGGUCAUAACUACGAGGAAUCAGGAAGCGUGGUCUCGUUACAAAGACCUAGUCUCUAUACAGCGUAU